GGUGUGUUGAGGGGCGUGGACUCUCCCCGGGCUGCGCUUAAAUAGAGAAGGCCAGAGAGACCAGGGAGGAGGAAGCCAGGACAGACCCGCCAGCACCCCAGCCAACCCAACGUUGCCAUGAGGCUCCUGAGCGUGACUUUUUGGCUACUCCUGUCCCUGCGCACUGUCCUCUGUGUGAUGGAGGUGCAGUGGUGUACCAUCUCAGAUGCAGAACAGCAGAAGUGCAAGGACAUGAGCAAGGCCUUCCAGGGAGCUGGCAUUCGGCCUUCCCUCCUCUGCAUCCAGGGCAACUCCGCUGACCACUGUGUCCAGCUCAUCAAGGACCAAAAAGCAGAUGCCAUCACCCUGGAUGGAGGGGCCAUCUAUGAGGCAGGGAAGGAGCACGGCCUGAAGCCAGUGGUGGGGGAAGUCUAUGACCAAGACAUUGGGACUUCCUAUUAUGCCGUGGCUGUGGUCAGGAGGAAUUCCAAUGUUACCAUCAACACCCUGAAGGGCGUCAAGUCCUGCCACACAGGCAUUAACCGGACUGUGGGCUGGAACGUGCCUGUCGGUUACCUCGUAGAGAGCGGCCAUCUGUCAGUGAUGGGCUGUGAUGUGCUCAAAGCCGUCGGUGAUUAUUUUGGAGGCAGCUGUGUCCCUGGAACAGGAGAAACCAGCCAUUCUGAGUCCCUCUGUCGCCUCUGCCGUGGCGACUCUUCUGGGAACAACGUGUGUGACAAGAGUCCCCUAGAGAGAUACUACGACUACAGUGGAGCCUUCCGGUGCCUGGCGGAAGGAGCCGGUGACGUGGCCUUCGUGAAGCACAGCACAGUGCUGGAAAACACUGAUGGGAACACCCUGCCUUCCUGGGGCAAGCCCCUGAUGUCAGAGGACUUCCAGCUACUAUGCAGGGAUGGCAGCCGAGCCGACAUCACUGAGUGGAGACGCUGCCACCUGGCCAAGGUGCCUGCUCAUGCUGUGGUGGUCAGGGGUGACAUGGAUGGCGGUCUCAUAUUCCAACUGCUCAACGAAGGCCAGCUUCUGUUCAGCCACGAAGACAGCAGCUUCCAGAUGUUCAGCUCCAAAGCCUACAGCCAGAAGAACUUGCUGUUCAAAGACUCCACCUUGGAGCUUGUGCCCAUUGCCACGCAGAACUAUGAGGCCUGGCUGGGCCAGGAAUACCUGCAGGCCAUGAAGGGGCUCCUCUGUGAUCCCAACCGGCUGCCCCACUACCUGCGCUGGUGUGUGCUUUCGGCGCCCGAGAUCCAGAAGUGUGGAGAUAUGGCUGUGGCCUUCAGCCGCCAGAAUCUCAAGCCGGAGAUUCAGUGUGUGUCAGCCGAGUCCCCUGAGCACUGCAUGGAGCAGAUCCAGGCUGGGCACAUCGACGCUGUGACUCUGAGGGGCGAGGACAUUUACAGGGCAGGAAAGGUGUACGGCCUGGUUCCGGCGGCCGGGGAGCUGUAUGCUGAGGAGGACAGGAGCAAUUCCUACUUUGUGGUGGCUGUGGCAAGAAGGGACAGCUCCUACUCCUUCACCCUGGACGAGCUUCGCGGCAAGCGUUCCUGCCACCCCGACUUGGGCAGCCCAGCGGGCUGGGAGGUGCCCAUAGGCUCCCUCAUCCAGCGGGGCUUCAUCCGGCCCAAGGACUGUGAUGUCCUCACAGCGGUGAGCCAGUUCUUCAACGCCAGCUGCGUGCCUGUCAACAACCCUAAGAAUUACCCUUCCACACUGUGCGCGCUAUGCGUGGGAGACGAGAAGGGCCGCAACAAGUGUGUGGGGAGCAGCCAGGAGAGAUACUACGGCUACAGCGGGGCCUUCAGGUGCCUUGUGGAGCAUGCAGGGGACGUGGCCUUUGUCAAGCACACGACUGUCUUUGAGAACACAAAUGGUCACAAUCCUGAGCCCUGGGCUUCUCACCUCAGAUGGCAAGACUAUGAACUACUGUGCCCCAACGGGGCACGGGCUGAGGUAGACCAGUUCCAAGCUUGCAACCUGGCACAAAUGCCAUCCCACGCUGUCAUGGUCCAUCCAGACACCAACAUCUUUACUGUGUAUGGACUUCUGGACAAGGCCCAGGACCUGUUUGGAGACGACCAUAACAAGAACGGUUUCCAAAUGUUUGACUCCUCCAAAUAUCACAGCCAAGACCUGCUUUUCAAAGAUGCUACAGUCCGAGCGGUGCCAGUCCGGGAGAAAACCACAUACCUGGACUGGCUGGGUCCUGACUACGUAGUUGCGCUGGAGGGGAUGUUGUCUCAGCAGUGCUCAGGUGCAGGGGCCGCGGUGCAGCGAGUCCCCCUGCUGGCCCUGCUCCUGCUGACCCUGGCUGCAGGCCUCCUCCCUCGCGUUCUCUGAAGACGGCCACGCCCAGAGCAGGGAAAGCUACAGAGCCCAACCCGGAAGAAACCAGGACAUCAGCUAACCCUGCAGGAGAGCGCGGGGCGGGAUGCGAGAGGCGAGGUGAGAACUCACACACACAAGCCUCCGAGGUGCGAUUCUAACCCAAAGAGAAAUUUCUAGAAUCAGGAUGAUUGUUAAGGCCAAGUCUUCCCACCUGCUGGAGCCCUCAGUACCUGAGGCGACUGGCGAGUAGCCCAGUCACUCCUCCCACACUGGUGGCGCCAGCAGCGAACCUGUGCCUCCCACCUGGAGCCUCCUGGCUGGCUGGGGUGGUUAAGGGGGUGGGGGUGGGGAGGAAGAAGAGGCCGGUUGCCAUGGCAACCGUGGAGCAGCUUCCAGCCUCUGCACCCGCCACCUGGCGAGGUGCCAAGGAAGGGGCACACCACCAACCUAGAGAACCUCUGCGACACACUACCACCCAGCAGCCCCUGCUCUCGCUGCCCCACCGCUCUCUCCUAUGGGCACUUGUCCACCAAGGCCCAGGCCCACGCCGUCGGAGGGGCAGGGCUUGCUGAGCACAUCAGCCUUCUGAUGUGACACCAACCAAGGAGCCCAGCCCUCUGGACAGCAAGAUUUUGCUAGACUGGGAUGGGAGGAAGGGAAGGCCAGAGCUGUACUGUGGGGAUGAAGUCCUCCAAAACCCUCAGAGGAAGGAAGUGCCCCCACCUUCCCAGUAAGAAUGUUAGUGUGUGAGAAACUUGAUGCGGGGUGGGAACUAUCCUGUGCUCCUGUGGCAAGCAGGACUUGCGCUGCACUGCCUGGACCUCACUGAACAAUGAAACUGUUGCCUAGAUUCUAUUGUUUGCUCUCCUGGUCUCAGUCUCAACAUUAGUUUUCUCCCUGCCUUCAUUAUACCCCUUUCCACAUCAUCACGCGCGCACGCGCACACACAUACACACACACCUUAUCCAUGUGAACAUAUCUGAACAUAUCUGCUUGUCUGAAGAAGUAUGAGCUAACCCAAAAUAAGUCCCUGUCAUGAACUGGGCCUUAGGAUAGACCACGAGCCAGGGGGUUGGGGAGAGCCGUGUCUUCCCUUCACCCUGCACGUGUUGGGUGGUUGCAUCUUUCCAGAGGAUCCCUGGUUCCCUCGAACUGUGAGAGCCAAGGCCUAGGCUGCCAUUUUGCCAUUGUUCUCUCGAGAACCAGAAAAAGUUUUCCAAAGCUACCAGCUCUUACCCCAAAUCUUGUUCCCUUAAAAAAAAAGUAAUAAAUAAAAAGGAGAAGAAACAGGAGCAAACAGCCGUCGUCAGCACACUGGAAGCAGCGUGGGCCGGGAGCUAUUUGUGUCUUGGUCUGUGUGGGGGGCCUCAGAUCCCGAUGACAGGCCAGGUUCCCAGUGGCUCGCCCCCACCUGUGGGCGACGACGGGACAGAUCCUUUCCAUCGCUCACCAGUAGAGAAGGUCCUGGCAGUGUCCCAGCCAGAGUCACACAAUCCUGAGGAAAAUCGGUCACCAUGAUGCUUGGGAGAGCAAGCCCCUCCUCCUCCCAGUACACAGCCAUCCAUUCUUCUCUGAGCUGGAGACUUCACAGUGAGAAGUGUACUCUGUGUGGGCGACUGUGCUGCCCAAAGUGUGAUGUCUGUGCCGUGUGCCUUUCAGGUGUGACUUUCAAGAGCGUUGUGUAAAUGACGUCUGAUUGCCAUGGGCCACUGCUGUGUUUGUGCUAAAGAAAGACAUUGGUUUCUUUUUAAAAUAAAGCCAUAUAUCCCUGCAUAUGCAGAGGCUUGGAUUCUGGUGGAAA